UUUGAUCAGAUGUUUGUAAUGUGUAUAUCCCCUCUUUGGUCACAUCAGACUUUCAGAGUCUAGUGAUCCCUUUAGCUGCAGCAACAUCUCACAUUGUGUUCUCAGCAACUCAGCCUACGAGAAUCCUGGAAAAUGAUUACCAAAUAUUUCCUCCUUGCUUUACUUUCUCAGCUGUAUUUUUGCAAAUACGUUUCGACAGCAUGUGGCAGACCACCAGAGGUCAACAAUGCGAAUAUUGUGAAUGGGAAAAAGGUGUACGAAUCUGGAGAAGAGGCAGCAUAUUCUUGCCGGUCUGGGUACAUAGGGCAUGGUUUCAAUAAAUUGAUUUGUCCAAGGAACGGAGUUUGGGAAAGACCCACAAUCAAGUGUGUGCCCAGACCUUGUCACGUGCCAAAACUGCUGGAAAAUGGAGAAAUGCAUGUAACAGGCUUAACAUUUGGGAAACAGGUCUACUACAGCUGCAAUGCAGGGUACAUUCUUCGGGGAUUAAACCACAGCACUUGUCUGCAUGAUGGGACAUGGAGUGAUCAGCAUCAAUUCUGUGAACCUGUGCAAUGUCCAUUCCCAAGUCCACCAGAAAAUGGAACAGUGCGUUUCCAAACCACAGGCCAGCCUACUACAGCUUUUGUCUUUGGGCACAUGAUUUACUACGAGUGCAAACAAGGUUUGGCUUUAAUUGGAAAUGAAACAGGCUUUUGCUUGGCCAAUGGAAAAUGGACAAAUGCACCUCAGUGCAAAGAAGUGAAAUGUGGAAUGCCACCAAAACUAGUAAAUGGAUUUAUGGUAUUUACACUCAAAAGAAGGUAUAACUACAGAGACAAUAUUGAUUACGGCUGUGUUGAAAAUUACAUUUUGGAUGGAUCGAAGACAAUCACAUGUGAGAAGACAGGAAUCUGGACUGAAAAGCCUACGUGUCGAGCUCCAUGUAUUCUACCUGUGAAGAGAGCUCGUAUAUUCUAUAAUGGAAGAAAGAUCUGGAUGAAUGAACUCCCACACAGGAGAAUAUUACACACAGAAAGAGUGUCUUUUUACUGCAAAGACAUGGAACGAAACUGUGGAUUACCAGUUCUGACUCAGUGCAUAGAUAGCAAAAUUGAAAUUCCUGCAUGUUUUCAAGAACCUUCAAGUUUCACUUACAACGUAAUGUUUCGAUCGCUUCCAUCAGAAAUAAAACAGUGUGAGUGAUGGAACAGCACAAUCUAUUCCAAUCAUCAAAGUAUCAUUUACAAUGAAAUAUGAAUAAAACUUUGUAAAGUGGUCACAAAUCUUAAUUAGUAACAUUGUUACCUGUAUUAAAUAAACAUGCAUCUUUAGCACCAAC